AUGGCUUCAAAAGCGUCACGGCCUGACUCUCGGCCCUCGUUUGCAAGAAUUGUCGCUAUGCCUCCGCCGCCAAAGCCCCAAAGCGGUCCUGCUGCCCAUGAUGAAGCAGAAAAUACGAUAACUGGGGAAUCGAAAAGCCCGCCGAUAUCACACACAUCGAGCACCACACAGCCGAGCCAGCCGGACCAAGAAGGCCUAAAAAACGCUCCCGUGGAUACCAUCAUACAAGGUCUUGAAAACGGCGUGGAGAAUCUGUCGAUGAAUGGUCAGCAUGUCUCAGGAGGCUCCCAAUCUUCGACCGAAGGUCAUGCCGCUGGUGCACUCCAAAGAGAACCAUCUUUCGACGACGAUCAAACCCAUUUGUCAAACAGCUCGACCAAGCCGACGAGCUUUGAUUCUAAGAGCAUGGCUUCUGUGACUACGUUUGCGAUGGACGAAAAAGACUCUCUUCGCCCAGAUGAUAGUGCAAGUGUCCAGGCUGCCGACGAAGACGAUUCCCUCUCUGGUGCUGCUUCUGGCGCCGCCAACUCACGUACUGGCUCGGAGGCUGGCACUAGAGGGUUCCGUGACCCUUUUCGCGACGGAAAUGGUCAAAAAAUUCGUGGCCUCACCCCAACAGUUAUGCAGCGUUUCCCUGACGGCGACAUUCGUGCUGCGAGCACAAUUCCUCCAGACUCGGUAUCCAACAACUUUGUUGUCACUAACCAAGCCGAGUUUCAACCUGGAACAGCUCUCAGUGGGUAUCCAUUAGAGCCAGACGAGAAACUAUUGGAGGCUAUGAGUUCUCCCAAGGACCGUCUUCUGCUAUUGCAACUCGAGGAAAAGAUUCGAGUCUUUAUUCAAGAUUCAAAAGAACAAUCUUUGGAAUUGCCGCCCUCGAACGCAUUCGGCCGUCUUCUUGCGCACAAGCUUGGAGAUUAUUAUCAUUUGACGCAUUUCGUGGAUAACAAUGCCACUUCCGUUCGGCUGCAUCGUACUCCAUUCUGUAGAUUGCCCACGCCUCUAUCGUUGCUACGACCGGUCAGUUCAACCCACACACCUUCACCGAAUGCCCCGGCUAUGAAGAUCAUGCGCCGUAACGGCCAGGGCGGUGACCGACCGUCGGCUGGUGGUAGCACUGCAGCUAGCUCUUCAGCACCGUCAAAACCUUCCUCGGAAAUCGAAGGGGACGGUAGCAAUGAUGAUGAUCCUACAGGAUCCUCAGUUGGAGCUACGCCAGCGAAAGACCGAUCAGCAAUGACCCGCGAAGAACGUGAAGCAAAGUACCAAGAAGCCAGAGAGAGAAUUUUCCGAGACUUUCCUGAGUCAAAGGCCGGAGAAUCACCUACUGGUGAUACCAGCGCAGAUAUGUCUCGGUCAAGUUCAGCAAGCGGUCGGAAAAAGAACUUUAGGCAGAGAACCCCCCAUGACGACAGUUUCGAGGCCAGGUCUCAGUUCAAUGCGUAUUACCCUGGGGUGCCUUAUUCAUCGGGGACGGCGCCAGUGGCAUUGCCCAAUGCAACGGCUUUCAACCAACAUCCUUAUAUGGUCGGUCCAGGUGCUUCGCCACCUAACGUGAACUAUCCUCAGACCACUCAUGCUUCAACCGUAUACCCGAACAUGAAUAACGCCCCUCAGUAUCCUAUCAACAUGCCCCAUAUGGGACAAACCGGUUCAUGGCAGGCUCCUGCUGCACCCCAGCAAUCCCCGUAUUCGGGCUACGCUGCCCUCAACCAACCCACGCCAAUGAUGGGACAUGCGCAAACCCGUUCACCGCCGUCUAUGAAUAAUUAUGGACAGCAGAACUAUACGCAACCUUCACCGCAUGGAUCAUCGACUUGGACUGGCCAGCCCUAUCAAAAUAAUUACUCGCCAUCAGCUCAGCGCAAUGCACCUAUGCAGUGGUCUGGCUACCCUCCUACCUCAAUGGCUGCGAAUACAGGCUCGUAUCCUUACGGCCAACCUCCGAAUCAACAUUACUCUUCGCCCGGUCAGAACAUGAUCAGUCACCCGGUCCCUGGAAGCUACAACAGGCCGACAUUCAACCCACAGACUCGGUCUUUUGUGCCAGGAGGCAACUCGACGACGAACCGCUACCCAAACAAGGGUAUGCCUCACACCGGUAAUGUGACGUACGGCAAUACCCAACUGAAUAAUCCUCAGCAAUGGACAGGCUAUAUGGAGAACAAUGCCCAACCAAUGGCUCAUGUGUCACCUAUGCUCAACAACAGAAAUCCAAACAACACUGCUGGUCCGGUAUCGGUGCCUCGCGUCGCACAGCCUGGGCAUAACGAUUCGAUUGCCAAAUGGGGCACCCCGGCUCACCUCCCCCCUAAACCUCCUCCGUCAGAAGUGUCUUCAGAAUUUGAUGCCAACGUUCGUAAUCCUCCCAUUUCGACAAAUCACUACGCGAACAACACCCCACCACAAGCCAACAAUGGGCCGCUGGUUGUAUCCGGAGGGACGAGCGUUUCAAAGUCAAGUUGA